AUGACUCUCAAUUGGAGAUGGGGAAGUUUUCAGGUCAAAUGGAAGAAAACAUUCAGGAAAAAUUGCUUUCAAGAGUGGGGUUUUCAUAAAUUAGAAUCAGAGCUUCAAGAUUUUUCAAAUUCUAAUGAUACUACGGCUGAUGCAGAUGAUGUAGUUCCAUCUAUCAACUUGGAUUUGGAGACCAGGAAAUGCAUAAUACUACCAUGGAAGCACUGUUUGAUUGGGAAAGUGGUAGGGAAAACAGUAGGGUUCAAGUAUUUGUCUUUUAAAAUUAAUGAAUUAUGGAAACUUAAAGUUACUUCUAAUGCAGGUAAUGUGGAGGAUUCAUAUGGUCCAUGGAUGAUUGUGGAAAAUAAGAAAAGUAAGAGUAAAGGGAGCUUAACAAAUGGGCAGGGUAUCAGGACUAAUGGAGGCAAGGAAGAAACUGCUAAUAGAUUUUCUUCCCUACCUGAACAGCAGUCUGUGGACGUGGAUGGGAAUGGGGAGAAAAAAGAGGAAGCAUUUAAUGCUAAGUUUAGUAACAGAAAUGCAGAUAAUGAUGUUGUAAGAGAUGGGAAUAGCAAAAUAUUUGGAAGGAAGUUACAUAGUAGGGAAAUGAAUGCUAAUAGUGGCUCUCCUACUAAUGGUGUAUUAUUGCAAACAACCCAAGGAAAGAAUAUGAACAGAAAGUGUAACUUCCCUACUAAUGAAGUGAGUAUAGGAGAUAUAAAUGAUGAACAAUCAGUUGCCAAGGAUUCUAGAAAUAAGGGGAAAGGUAUUAUGAUUUCAGGUCCUAUUCAAAGUAACAGAAGAAUAGAUGGAGCCCAACAAUCAGAUGCAACACCUUCUCUCACAGGUAAUUCCAAGCCCAUUGGAAGUUUUAUGGAGUGUGGAAGACCUGCUAGUCCGCAGAGCUCAAGAGGAGCUUCAAGCCAUGCAAAAUCACCUGACAGAAACAGUGAUAGAGAAUAUUUCACGGAUGGAUUAAAGGUUACAAAUAAUGGAGGACAUAGCGCACAUGAGAAGGCUUAUGAAUCAAGCACUGCCAGAGAUAGUACAUGCUCAAGAACAACUGAGCUGGGAUACAGUUUUUGACAAAUUCAAUCAGUUACUGAUCCCACUAAGAUUUUCUCCUUCAAAUUG